AUGUCCCAGAACCGCUUGCAGGGUGGACCGAGACGUCGAUAUGCAGGUCGGUCUAUUGAGAAGCUGGUCAAUAUUAUCAGCAAGAAUACGUUCAACAACUAUCCUUAUGAUACGCUGGAUGCCUAUCGUCCGCAUGAUAACCUCCGGAAUCGACCAAAGGAUACAGAUGGUCUACUUCGACGGGGAUGUACCGUUUCGGAUAUACAAGCUUUGGAGAAGCGACUGGGCGUAACUCUUCCAGAAGACUAUAAAGAGUUCCUCAGCAUCAGCAAUGGUCUUGACUCAAUUUGGGACGGCCAGAAUCUUGUAGACUACCUGGCUGGCGCCCAGGACGUCAAUUGGCAAGAGGUCGACUUUCUUGAAGGCAACGAACUUCCCUUGCUGAGUAGCCAUGAGCCACUAGCAGGCACGGGAAACAUGCUGGAGUGGCCAAAUUUCGAAAAGUCUCGGUGUAUCUGUUUAUCGGGCGAUAUCAACGACGAAGACAGGGCUGGCCAUUUAUUUCUCAUAGGUCAGGACCGACUUCAGCCAGCCAAAGAUUAUUUCUUCAAGACCUAUGAGGAAAGAAAUGACACCCAGCGUCGUGAGCUUGACCGCCUUGUUCAAGAGACUUACGGGAGCAUGGAAAAUUUCAAGAACCUUGAAUGGGGACUAAUUAGUUGGACUGCAUGGGACUUUACCGUUUACCCGUUCAAUGGGAUCCAAGACUUCUUAGAACAGAUGGCUGAAGCGUCUUUGCGGCAGGAGAGACCUUGGCUGAACAUGUUUGAGCCGAGAUUUAGAAAGCUGGCAAAUGCGUAG